GAUCACUUUCCAUGCGAAUAUACUCCCUGUCCCCUACCCCAGAUAACACCGGUCGGAUUCGCGCAGACCUUAUUCGGACGUUAAAACCGCACGGCUCGCCUGUUGUGACUGUGAAAGUCGACAAGACCGGCACGUUGCUUGCAACUGGAGGUGCAGACGGCACCGUGAAAGUCUGGGAUAUCCAAGGAGGAUUCGUCACACACACCCUCCAUGGCCAUGGCGGGGUCAUUUCUUCUCUCCUCUUUUUCGAGGUCGAGGUACCUGCGCAGGAAACUGGGAAACAGGGCAAGGAUAAAAAGAAGAAGAAUCAGACGCAGGACAAUGCUGAUGGAGAGACAACACUGGGGUAUCGAUUGGCUGUCGGUGCGGAAGAGGGGAAAAUACGAAUUUGGAAUCUCCAUAAACGCACCAGUGUCGCGAUUUUGGAUUCCCACGUCUCAGUGGUUCGCAGUCUAGAUUUCUCGCCGGAGGAAAACGCAUUAGUGUCAGGAAGCCGGGACAAGACUGCGAUAGUUUGGGAUUGCCGGACAUGGAAAAUACGAAGUACGAUCCCGGUCCUGGAAGCUGUUGAAGGCAUCGGGUUUCUACAAAAUGGCACAGUCAUUUUCACAGGAGGCGAGAAUGGGGCUGUUCGUUUAUGGAGGACCAUAGGAGGCGGAGAAAUAACGGUUGAGCAGAAAGCCGGCGUAGAGACAGAUGCAAUUCUGGACGUCAUAUACUACGAAGAUCUCCCAUAUCUUCUGUCCGUUCACGCAGACCAGACGUUGGUUUUACAUUCGUUGGAGUCAUUGAAAGACUAUGCGGACGAGGGGAAAUUACAACCCCUGCCGGUCCUGCGGCGCAUAUCUGGGAACCAUGACGAAGUGAUCGAUUUGGCUUACAUUGGCCGAUCUCGAAACCUCCUAGCAUUGGCGACAAACUCGGAAGACAUUCGAAUAAUAAGUUUGGAAUCCAACAGCAACUCAGAGGACGACCCCAUUGGAGGUACAUAUUUCGGAGCAGAUGUCGCGCUCCUCAAAGGCCACGAGGAUAUCAUAUUAUGCUUAGAUGUUGACUGGUCUGGUCAUUGGCUUGCAACGGGCGCGAAGGACAACAAUGCUCGUCUAUGGAGGCUGGAUCCUGAAAGUAACUCAUACACUUGUGUGUCAACUCUUGUUGGCCACGCCGAGUCAUUAGGAGCAAUAUCUCUGCCACACGCAACUCCUACCAAAGGCACUCCUGCAUUCGAAAACCCACUGGAUCAUCCCCCCCAAUUCCUCAUCACAGGAUCUCAAGACAAGACCAUAAAGCGCUGGGACACGUCCAGUGCACUAAAGGGAGGGAAGAAAACAUCUCGGGCAACCUACACCCGUAAAGCGCACGAUAAGGACAUCAACGCCAUCGACAUAAACCACAACUCGACCCUAUUCGCCUCCGCAUCGCAAGACCGAACCAUCAAAAUCUACUCCACCGAGGACGGCGAGUCACAAGGUGUCCUACGUGGCCACCGCCGUGGUGUAUGGACUGUUAAAUUCGCUCCCAAGGAUACUCCCUCCAUCGGCUUAACAGGCAGCAAAGGCCUCAUCGCAACCGGCAGCGGCGACAAAACCGUCAAGAUCUGGAAUCUCGCAGACUACAGCUGCCUCCUGACGCUCGAAGGCCACACCAACAGCGUCCUGAAGCUCGUCUGGCUCGCAUACAAGCUGGUAGACGCACGCGACAAGCGCGGAGCACAGAUCGCUUCCGCUGGCGGCGACGGCCUCGUAAAAGUAUGGGAUACCUCCAGCGGCGGGGUAUCCUGCACAUUAGACAACCACACCGACCGCGUGUGGGCGCUCGCAGCGAACCCGACGUCGAAUGCGCUGGUGUCUGGCGGCGGCGACAGCGUCAUCACAUUCUGGCAGGACACGACGACCGCGACAAUGGAAGCCGUCGUAGCCGCGGAAACAGAGCGCGUGGAGCUGGACCAGAAACUGCAGAACUACGCGCACAAGGGGAACUAUCGCGAGGCCAUCACGCUCGCGCUGCAACUGAACCAGCCGGCGAGACUGCUCGGCCUCUUCAAGGGCGUCGUGGAGGCUGAAACCCAGGAAGCGGGCAGUCUGUCAGGCUUGAAGGCUGUCGACGACGUGCUGGCUAAUCUGGCGGAUGAGCAGCUGUUCAAGCUGCUGCUGAGGAUUAGGGACUGGAAUACGAAUGCGCGGACGGCACCGGUCGCGCAGAAGAUACUCUGGACGCUGGUGAAGUCGUAUCCGGCGUCACGCUUUGCGGGGCUGAAGCCGACGGGGAAGGCGGAUGCGAAGGGGAGUUUAAGGGAUGUGCUGGAUGCGCUGAAGGCGUAUACGGAGCGGCACUAUCGCCGCAUAGAGGAUCUUGUGGAUGAGAGCUAUCUGCUAGACUUCACGUUGAGGGAGAUGGACGAGGUUGUGGGGGGAGGAGAGGACGCGACCACUGGUCACGGCCUUAAUGGUCAGGAUGUAGACGUGGCGAUGGUGGAGGUCGAAUGAUAGCUAAAUUCAAUCUGUGCUUCUUUACUACUAC